GAACGAGAACAUCUGGUGGUCUUUUCGAAAACUAGAAAUAGAUAAACGAAAAAAAAUUGUGGACAUUUUAAGAAUGAAAUUGCAGUGAGGAAAGGAUACAAUUCCAAGAAAGUAAAGAGAAUAUAAGAAUCAAAGAGAACUCACCGCUGUUUACAACUCUCCAUGUCCACAGUCAUCUAUGUGUAUGUGUGACAGGGCAAAAAACGUUAGUAUACAACAUUUUGACCUGAAUUUUCUGCGUGAGAGAGAAAGGCAACAACAACAACAACAACCCGACACCUAAAAGUGAAUCUUGGAAUUUUCAUUUUCUAAAGCAGACAGUAGCAGAGAAAGAAAACAACAAAACAAAGAUGGCUGGUGCUGGUGAUCCAAAAUGGCAAAAAGACGCUUCCGAUCAGAAUUUCGAUUAUAUGUUCAAAUUGUUGAUAAUUGGCAAUUCGAGUGUGGGCAAAACAAGUUUCCUCUUCCGCUAUGCCGAUGACAGCUUUACAUCUGCCUUUGUGUCAACGGUUGGCAUUGAUUUUAAAGUGAAAACAGUGUUUCGGCAUGACAAGCGGGUGAAGCUGCAGAUAUGGGACACUGCAGGCCAAGAGCGUUAUAGAACAAUAACAACAGCAUAUUACCGUGGCGCCAUGGGUUUCAUUUUGAUGUAUGAUGUCACAAAUGAGGACAGUUUUAAUUCUGUACAAGAUUGGGUAACUCAAAUCAAAACCUAUUCGUGGGACAACGCACAAGUCAUUCUGGUGGGCAACAAAUGCGACAUGGAAGACCAGCGAGUAAUCUCCUUUGAACGUGGCCGACAAUUGGCCGAUCAAUUGGGAGUGGAAUUUUUCGAAACAUCGGCCAAAGAGAAUGUUAAUGUUAAGGCUGUUUUUGAACGUUUGGUCGACAUUAUAUGCGACAAAAUGUCCGAAAGUUUAGAUGCUGAUCCGACGUUAGUGGGCGGAGGCCAGAAAGGCCAAAGACUGACCGAUCAACCUCAAGGCACACCCAAUGCUAACUGCAAUUGUUAGAUUCCUUGUGUUUAUGUUUUACAACAGCAGCAACAACAACAAAUUCACAAAACAAAACAACCAAACAAAAUAGAUUAUUCAGAAAUCAACAACAACAAACAACAAAUAAAAAAUAGACAAAAUAAGUUUAUGUUUUUUAAACAAAUUAUGAAUGAUUGAUACAUAUUCCAGAGAACAGCAAAGAAAAAAUCCACAAGAAAUCCAUACAGAAACAUAAAUCAACUGAUAUAAAAACAAAUUAUAAAUAAAUAUUAAAUAAAUUAAAAACAAAAACAAAAAAACAAACAAAUUAAAAGGAAAAUUAUACAUAUUUACAAAUUAUUAAAUAAUAUUAAUCUAUAUAUUUAAAAUAAUAAAAAGAAGAAAACAAAAACUAAAUAAAUAAUAUAAUUGAAAGGAAAUAUACAAAAUAAGCCUAAAUUUAACUAAAUGAAAAUCAUAAAAAAAUAAAAUGAAAAUGUUAAACUUAGUAAAAAUUGUCAUAACACAUAUUAUUAUUAUUGUAAUAUUAUAAACAAAUUAUUAUAAAAACAAUUAUUAUUCUUGUAUCAUUAUGGCAUUAUGUAUUAUCAUGACUAUAAAUUAUUAUUAAUAUUAUUGAUUGAUUGUCAUAUAAACAAAAUUAUUAUGAUUAUUAUUAUUGAUUGAUUGAUUGAUUAUUGUCAGUGUAUUGUCUCAUGUAUUGCGAAAAUUAAAAAAUAAAUAUUAAAAAAAGAAAAUAAUAAAUAAAUAUAUAUACAUAUACAAAAAUAAAAACAAAAAAACAAAACAAAACAGCCUAAAUGAAUUUAAGCUAAAAACAACACAAAUCAUUCCCUUAAUCAUUGUUUAUAAAAAAAAAAAACAAAAACAAAAGAUGUAUGAAUUGUUCAAAACCGAUUGAAAACACUAAACCAAGUAAUAAUCCUAAAAGCAUGGAAUAAAUUAUACAUACAUACAACAACACACAUACAUACAUGCAAACAUAUAUGUUAAUCAAUAAAUUAAAUUCAAACUGCUAUUGGUAACAGUUAUUGGACAAAA